CCACACAAAAAGCUGGAGCAUCUCCUUUCAACUGCAUGCAGCAAGUACUCUAGGUGUUUAAGCGCCUCUCUCUCUCUCUCUCUCUCCCCUAAUUACGUUGUUAGCAAUCUGUACAUUCAAAAACUAAACACACUAUCAUGGAUACCCUCCCUCUUCUAUUUAAAAAUCAUUAAUGCCUUCAUAGUUUUCCUGGAUUGCUUAUGCUUUAUUCUUUAACCUAUAAAAAGCUAAACCCCCGUGAAUUUAGACUUCAUCCUGAUGGCUGAUGCAAGUGCAACCAUGAUGAAACUGAGACUUAGAUCCGUCGAAUCCAACCAAACCCACAGAAUCGAAGUUCCCCCACGUUCUACUCUCCAACAACUUCAAGAAAGCCUCUCUCAAUCAAUCUCCUCUUCCUCUUCCUCUUCUCUUCAUAUCUCUCUCAAUCGCAAGGACGAGCUCCAGGGCUACUCACCCGAGGCAUCCCUGCACUCCCUUGGAAUUACCUCAGGUGACCUUCUCUAUUUCACCUUCGAUCCCGCCGGCUUCUCUUCUCCAAUCCAAACCCAGGAUAGCAAACGUCUCAUUUCGAUCGAAACCAUGUCGUCGUCGAAGAAGAUCACCCUGAAGAGUUCCGAUGGCGUGCUCUUCCAGGUCGACGAGGCUGUGGCUCUCGUGUCUCAGACCAUCAAGCACGUGAUAGAGGACGGUUGCGCAACCGAAGACGGCAUCCCUCUUCCCAACGUGACAAGCAAGAUCUUGGAGAAUGUCAUCGCGUACUGCAAGGUGCACGUCGGAGCUGCCAACUCUGAGGACCGUCUCAGGGCCUGGGCCGCGGAUCUCCCCUUGGCUGACCUCGUCGGUGUCAUUACGGCUGCAAACUAUUUGGGCAUCCCAAGCCUCCACGAUCUGAUACAACAAAUUAUAAUUUAAUUCAUCAAGAGCCCGUUUUAGUAUUCCUUCACCAACCAUCUAUCAAGAAAUGGCGGUAGGGGUUCUAUUCAACAUUGUUGAAGUUACUAUAACAUGUAAUUUUUUUUAGUUUUGUUAUGU